CUACUGGCUCCGGAUCCCUGGCCCGGCCCACAUAAGCACCGCAACACUGUAAGGUCAACUUAUAUUUUGGGUUUGUGUGAAGCCGUCCCUUGUAGGUGACGUGCAGCAAGACAGUCAACAUGGCCGUGCGCAUCGUGGCGCUGGCGCUCUUCGCGCUGGGCGCGUCGGCGGCCCUGGGCCCCGACAUCGACGUUAUGGUUCCGGGCUACCCGCUGGUCGACGGCCCCAUGCCGCACAAGCGCAUGUCCUACGCCCCCCUGGACCGCUCCAAGCCCUACGCCAUCGGCCACCGCGGUGACGCCGGCGAGUUCCCUGAGCACUCCUCGCUCGCCUACCUGUCCGGCAUCAAGCACGGCGCCGACUUCAUUGAGUGCUGCGACGUCGUGCUGACCAAGGACUACGUGCCCAUCUGCCGCCACGAGCCGCUGCUGUCCAACACCACCAACGCCGACAGCGUCUUCCCCACCAAGAAGCGCACCUACGUCAUCGACGGCUAUAACUCCACGGGCGUGCACGCCAUUGACCUGACGCUGAAAGAGAUCCGCAAGCUCAGGCUGCGCGAGCGGCUGUACUCGCGCAGCCAGGUCUACAACGACUGGUACCCCGUGAUCACCUUUGAGGAGUGCAUCCACUUUGCGCAGCACGCCCCCCGCGUUGUGGGUAUCUACCCCGAGACCAAGCACCCCACGUGGCACGACACCCUGAUCAAGGCGCGCAAGGGCAAGACCACCAUCACCGACCAGGUGCUGUACUACCUGAAGAAGCACGGCUACGGCGCCGCCCUCAACACGCCCGAGUGGCUGGCCAAGCCCGUGUUCCUGCAGUCCUUCGAGUCCAACAACCUGGCCUACGCCCGCACCAAGUCGCAGGUCCCCAUCAUCCAGCUGAUGGACGACUUCACGGUGCCCCUGCCCGACCGCAGCUUCCCCAACUACGGCGCCAUGAUGACCUCGGAUGCUCUGGCCAAGAUCGCCAAGUACGCCAACGGCAUCGGCCCCUGGAAGGAGACCCUGCAGCAGACCGUCACCCGCACCGACGGCACCCAGUACCUUAACUCCACGGGCCUGGUGGAGCGGGCGCACGCCGCCGGCCUGCAGGUCCACCUGUACACCCUGCGCAACGAGCCCAACUACCACACCAACACGCUGACCAGCAUUGAGGACGAGUACGCCUACUACUUCAAGACCCUGGGCGUGGACGGCGGCUUCACCGACUUCCCCGGCACGCUGGCGCAGUGGCUGCGCAACGAGGUUGCCAAGAACACCACCUGGCCCGCCCUCAAGAUCUAAGUCGAUGGAGCAAGUAUGAUGCGGAUCAAUCCUAGCUGCUGAUGAACUAGCAGGGCAGACGGCACACUCGUCAUCAACGGUACGGGCAUGCUUGCAUGUCUGGCGUCGGUGCUGGCUGGGCUCGGUUACAGCAGAAGUGGAUUUGACGGGAGAGAGCAAAGGCGGGAUGUGCAACAAUCCUGUACACCAGCCUGCAGCGCUGGUUUGUUGCACGUUUUGGCGGCCGGGGUACAGGUGCGCACGAUGUUCGGGAAGCGGAUUCUUGCUGUGAGUGUAGUGGUGUGAGCUGGGCCGGGUAGUCGGGUGUCUGGUGGCCCAUUCGAUCCGGACACGUGCUGUGCUGUGCUGCGUCAGUGUCUAUUGCGCGGAUAUGAUGAUCAGUGCAUUUAUGCCUGUGUGGUGAUCACCUGCCCUGACCGCCACUCUUCAAAAGCCAAUGCGAAUACAAUGCAUGUGCCAACCAUGUUUGGCUAGUUUCAAGUGCUGCGGGAUGUGUGGUUGCUGAACAGAGCGACUCAAUGGGUGUCCGUCCCUGAGUUAAGGGACAUACACCCGCCUAUCCUGUAACGGACACGCACC